AUGCGUUCCUUCACUGUUGCCGCUGCCUUUGCAGCUCUGGCUGUAGCCAACCCUCUUCCUCAGGAGAUUGACUGGGCUGCUGUCGAUGCCCUUGCACCCAUUCCCACCGUCACCAUCCCUGUUGUCGACGUUAGUGCUCAAGCCAGCACUGUUUCCUACCAGCCUUCCGCUGCCGCCAGCUCCAUUGCUGCUGAGGUCAAGGCCUCGGGCGUCAGCUCUGCUGGCCUCAAAGCUCGCGCAGCUGCUACUUGCAAGCCCCAGCCCACUGGCGCAGGCCCAGUCCCUUCGCCUGAUACCGCCGAGGCUUUCCUGGCCUACCAGGACUUUUCCACCAUCGCCAAGUCUGCCUCGACUCCUCAGGGCUACUACAACACCUUCACCGACCUGAAGGCUAGCAACAACGCUUAUGGCUACCUUGGUUACACCGUCCUGAACGAGUACUCGACCCAGACUUGUGCCUCCAAGUGCGAUGCCAUCAAGGGAUGUGCUGCCUUCAACCUCUACUUUGAGCGUGACCCUACUGUCAACCCCAAUGAUGCUUCUUGCGCAAACCCCGCCAGCACCACCAACAUCAACAAGAUUGUUACUCCCCCUGGUUGCACUACCCCCAUCNCCCUUGGAGACGCCGCCAUCAACGCUCCCUUCGAUUGCAAUGGCAAGGAUACCUACCUCGGCGUCCGCAUCUUCCAAACCGGACCCUUUGACAUCUCCAAGUGCGCCGCUGCCUGUACUGCUCAAGCCGACUACGCUCGCGCUCACNCCCCAGCCAACGGCGGUGAGGUCAAGACCUGCCAAUUCUACAACACUUACAUGUUGCUGAAGAAUGGCGAGACUGUUGGCCAGUACUGUGCUCUGUAUGAUCACAGCUGGCCCCAGAGCUAUGCCACCAACUUUGGACAGUACAGAGGAUCUGACAAGUACACCAUUGAGUGGUCGUACAUUUCGUCCAAUGCUACUAACCCUGCUCCUGCUUGCCAGCCCAAGGCUUAA